GUCCCCUUAUUUUUUUUUGGUGGAUCUAUAUUCUUCACAAAAAUUUAAUAAAAUCUUCCAAUUCCACUUUGCCAGAUUCUUUAUUAUGAAUGGUUGUACUUUAAAUUCAUAAAAAAUAAAUAAAAUAUAAUUAACUAACUAAAUAAAUAAAUAAGGUUGAUUUCUUCUGGUUCAUCUUGUUUUGGGAAAGAGAACUUCUGACCCUCAGACGCCUCAUCCACUGUGGCAUCCUUAUCCCUCCAUAUCCCUCUAUUUUCUUCAUUUUUCUCUCAUUAAUUUCUCAAUUACAAAUUACUUCUAUUUUUAUCCCUAUUUAUUUCCCCCCAUUUUUCUUCAUUUUUUUCUUUCUCUAGCUUUCUUUCUCUCAAAUUGGGGGGAAAAAGUUCUUGGGUUUUCAUUUCUGGGUUUCACGCCAAUAUCUUGAAUCCCAUGUUAAAAAACCCCAAAUUUUCUAAUUUGGGGGAGAUUAAUUGGUUAAAGUUGUAAUCUUUUGUGCAAAUAAGUUUCUGGGUUUUGCUCAAUUUGUUCAUAUUUGGGGUUGAAAUGGGAUUAACUGAAGUAUUUCCAAUUGGAGGAGGAAUUUUUAUUGAAAUUAUGCUAAUUAUUACUCCAAUUUGGACUGCCUUUGUUCUUGGUCUUGUAAUUGGAUGGACAUGGCGGCCAAAGUGGUGGGAGAAUUUGGAUAAGAACUUGUUUGAUUCAUUCCUAUCAAAAAUUGCGGAUUUUCCAGCUCCUUCUUAUUCUCCUAUUCAGAACUUCACUCCUUUUAACUUCAACUUUUCAAGCUUAAAAGGGCAAUCAGCUGGAAAUGAAAUUAUUAGUGCAAAUAAUGAAACAUUAUCAUUGCAACCCAGAUUUGAUGCCUCCAGUAGUAGCAGUUCAUCAAAGCUUAAGAAAGGUGAAGAGAAUGGUGUUAUGAACGAAGGUGAUAUGGUACAUCUUUUUAAGCUUGUUGAGGAGAAAGAUGGAGGUCCUUCUUGGAUACCAAUGAUGGACCGUUCAACCCCAACCAUGAGAUAUCGAGCUUGGCGGCGAGACCCUGAGACCGGUCCUCCUCAAUAUCGUAGUAGUACAAUCUUUGAGGAUGCUACGCCUGAGAUGGUGAGAGACUUCUUUUGGGAUGAUGACUUUCGACCUAAGUGGGACACCAUGCUCAUAGAUUCUAAAAUUCUUGAGGAGUCUCAAAGCACAGGAACUAUGAUUGUACAAUGGGUUCGCAAGUUCCCGUUCUUCUGCAGUGACCGAGAGUACAUAAUUGGCCGUAGGAUAUGGGAGUCUGGAAGAACAUAUUAUUGUGUGACAAAGGGAGUACCCAAUUCUGUACCACGAAAAGACAAGCCAAGACGUGUGGAUUUGUAUUAUUCGAGUUGGUGUAUUCGCCCUGUGGAAUCUAGUCAAGGAACUGGACAGAUGACAGCAUGUGAAGUGCUUCUGUUUCAUCACGAAGACAUGGGCAUUCCAUGGGAGAUAGCUAAACUUGGUGUACGACAAGGGAUGUGGGGAGCAGUUAAGAAGAUCGACCCUGGUCUACGAGUUUACCAGAAAGCAAGAGCUGCCGGUGGGCCCCUCUCGUCCUCCGCCUCCAUGGCCCAAAUCACCACUAAAGUAAACCCAACUUAUUUAAAUUCUUUGUUGAGUGGUGAUGAUCAGUCAGUGACGACUGAAGUAGCUCCUCCUGAGGAUAAACAACAAGGAGGGAUGAACGUGCCAAAACUCCUCAUUUUUAGCGGGGCAGUUGCUCUUGCAUGCAGUCUUGAUCGAGGGCUUCUAACAAAGGCAGUUAUCUUUGGUGUUGCACGAAAACUCGGAAGAAUAGGAGGUAAAUUAUAACCGGAGGUGCUCUAAUUAUAAUGAGGUAGUAUUGACAUUCCUGCAUCACGUGAUCGUAAUAUUCCUGUGCAGGAAGACAAUCCCAACCCCCCCCCCCCCCAAAAAAAAAAAUAAUAAUUGAAAAGUAUAAAAGAAAAAUCAAAAUCCAGGAACAAAAGCUUCAUAAGGCGAUAUCCUAGGGAGUUUUGCAUGUUGUAGACAGUAGCAUGAAGCUACAUAAGCUGUACUUGAAGAAAUUAGUAGAUGAUAAAUUUGUAUAUCAGCAGAAACUCGUUCUCCUUUUUCUUCAAUUUAUUGCUGCUAGCUGAGUAGCCCAUUUCUUAUUAUUAUGAUCUUGCUAAACAAAUAUUCAUUCUGUCCAUAUAUUAUCAUCAAAUUUCUUU